AUGAAUGCCCUGCGCGGGCAGGUGGGUGGAGAGAUCAGCGUGGAGAUGGAUGCUGCUCCUGGAAUCGACCUCACCAAGAUCCUGGCCGAGAUGAGGGAGCAGUACGAGAGCCUGGCGGACAAGAACCGCAGGGACGCCGAGCAGUGGUUCUUCAGCAAGACGGAAGAGCUGAACCGGGAGGUGGCCAUCAACACGGAGCAGCUUCAGAGCGGCAAGACGGAGAUCACAGAGCUACGACGCACCAUCCAGAGCCUGGAGAUCGACCUGCAGUCCCAGCUCAGCACGAAAGCGGCGUUGGAGGGCACCUUGGCUGACACAGAAGCCCGUUACGGCACCCAGCUGGCCCAGCUCCAGGGGCUGAUCACCAGCGUGGAGGAGCAGCUGGCCGAGCUGCGGUGUGACAUGGAGCGCCAGAACCACGAGUACAGGGUCCUCCUGGACGUCAAAUCCCGCCUGGAGCAGGAGAUCGCCACGUACCGCCGGCUCCUGGAGGGCGAGGACGCCCAGUACGUAGAGGGGCUUCACUUGGGAGGGCACAUCGGGAAGAGACGG